AUGGAUGCUCUUGAAAGUUCUAGUAAAAAUAUGCUUAAUUUUAAUGAAGACAAUCAAAUUGACUCUAAUGGGGAAAAUGAAAUUGUAUCUAGUGAAGACGAUGAUGGGACUGAGUUUAAUAUGAAGGAUGAGGAAAUAGCACGAUGUUCUGGGUUCGCAGUAACCACUAAAAGUAGUGGUAAUCGAUACUUUCAUCUUCAAUGUAAACGUGGUGAAGAUGAGCAAGCGUUGCGGGUGCCCAUAUCUAUUAAAAGCCAUUCACAAAAAUUCCAAGUGGCAAAAGAAAAAUGCACAGUCGUGCAGAUGUUAAAAGCCGGUGCAAAACCUAGUAUGAUUUACGAAGCAAUCAGAGAUGAAAAUGGGGAACCGACUGCGACAAAAAGAGACAUAUCUAAUUUGGGCGUUGAUAUUAGGUAUGGAAAACAGAGGAUACACUGUCCGUCAUGA